AUGAAGCCUUCUGACCAACAAGACGAGGCACAAAAUAAAGAAGGGAAAUCUGAAAAGGACCAGGAAGGGUCUCCGCCAUGUACUGGAAAUGCUGACAAUGAAGCAGCUACCAUCGCUUUAGUUUUUGGCUUAUCACUGGUAAUCCUUUAUGUUAUUCUGAAGAAACAAAAGUGGAUCUUGAAAUCAAAAAGAAGUAACCAAGAAGGAAUUAAUGACUGGGAUGAAUCUCAAACAUCUACACCACGUACAGAAUACACGAUUUCUGGAUCCACUUCUUCUGGACAAAGUUCUUCUACUGCAGAGGAAGAGGGUACAGCAGCAACUUUAAGUGAAAGCUUGCUCGCCUUGUAUAAUUUAAUAAUGAGCUGCAAGACUUCUACCUUUCAAGAUAAAGUGGAAAAUCAACAGGGCAAUGACGAUGAUGACGGAGAAGCAACCCGAACAUCUUCAUCGCUCUCAGAUGGUACUAUCUCAAACUCCACUUCUUCCGAUCCGAGUUCUACUGCAGAGGUAAGGAGCAAAGGUCUUACUUUAAGAAGAAGCGUACUGUUCUUGCAUGAUUUAAUAUUACAGAACAAGAAUUCUGAUGGUGAAAUGAAAGCAGAAAAUCAAGAAGGUGACAGGGAAGGACCAAGAACAUCUUCCACAGGUACAGAUGACGCUGUUUCAAGCUCCACUUAUUCUGGUCGUAGUUCUAUUUCAAAGGAAGGGUGUUCAGGAAAAAUUUUAUCAAAACGUCUGCGCUCAAUAUAUAAUUUCGUAACGGAUACCAAGUCUUCUGAACAACAAGACGAGGCAGAAAAUAAAGAAGGGAAAUCUGAAGAGGACCGGGAAGGGUCUCCGCCAUCUACUGGAACUGCUGACAAAGAAGGUGAAGAAUAA